AUGACGUUCAUGGCAAUGAAUGUUUCCAUUUCAGGCGGUCCCAGUGGACAGGGUGGAGCUGUUGGCACAACAGGUACAGCGGUGCCAGACGGUGCCGGAGGAUCGCUUGGGGGAUCAGCUGUUCCCAGCGGUAACGGAAGCACCGCAGUCACAGGAUCAACAGCUGGAUCAGGCACAGUGACUGUGGUCCUAGGAGGUCCUACUGGAACAGGUGGGACUGGUGACGGUGUUGGAGGGGGCCCCGGCGAUGCUGGCGGGGUGAUUGAGGGAUCAGGAGGCUCACUCGGAGGAGGCCCAGGGGAUGGCGUGACUGGUGGGGCUAUUGAUGGAGAUGGCGAUGGGCUGGUGGGAAUCACAGGAACUGGCAUUACGCUCCUUGCCAGUGGGAAGCCUGGUGGAACAGGAGUGCCCAUUCCAGAAACUGGAACUGGAGCUGGAGCGCCAUCUGGAGGUGGCAGUGGCACUGGUGUUGGGAUUGGGAUUGGUUUUGGUGCCGGUGCUGGCAUAGGUGCCGGUACUGGUAUUGGCAUUGGAAUUGGCAUUGGUUCCGGCAGCGGCUCUGGGAAAGGAGUGGGUGUUGGUGUUGGAAUUGGUGUUGGUGUUGGUGUCGGUGUUGGUGUCGGUGUUGGUGUCGGUGUCGGUGGUCAAUCCCCUAAUCCCACCGCGGCAGCGGGAGCAGUUAAUGGAAGCUUGCCAGGAGCCAAACCGCUGAAGCCUCCAGGUAUUGGUGGAGGGGUGGUGGCCGGACGAGGGGACACUCCAGCAACUCUAGAUGAGGGACCUGUUGGCACUGGUGGAGGGCCCGGUGGUGUAGGAGGAGGGCCUGGGGGAGUUGGUGGAGGCCCAGGAGGUGUAGGCGGAGGCCCAGGAGGAGUUGGUGGAGGCCCAGGAGGAGUUGGUGGAGGCCCAGGAGGGGUAGGCGGAGGCCCAGGAGGAGUUGGUGGAGGCCCAGGAGGAGUUGGUGGAGGCCCAGGAGGGGUAGGCGGAGGCCCAGGAGGAGUUGGUGGAGGCCCAGGAGGAGUUGGUGGCGGUCCAGGAGGUAUUGGUUCCACAGGAAAACCUCCCAAAGGUGAGAGUCCAGCUGCACCCUUUUCAAAUGUAUUAUGCAUUUAAAAAUGUCCAAUAAACAGAACACAACUAUGAAAGUUCAAGACAAAGACGGAAUGAGGUCUUUUAAGAGAGUGAGGUUAAGGUUGAAAGUGAUCCGUGAGUGUGGUGUUUAUGCUUUGGACAGCCUACGGGGGUACGGGUGGAACUGGACUCCUGGGUACUGGAGGAACUGGAACCGGUGGCCCAGGCGGAGUUGCUGGAGUAACAGCAGGACCGGUUCCUGGAGCUGGAGGGGUUGGAACCAGAAAACCUGGCAAAUGUACAGCAACAAGAACCUUUUUUCCCAUUUCCCCCCCCCCAAAAAAACACAAUUUGUCUUAUGUCCUUAUGCCAUGCCUGUCCAUUGCUGCCAUGUGUUUUGCUAUAUCAUUGGUCUGUGGGAUAUGUAGUAAACUAACAUUGGAAUUUGGUGGGGGGGGGGCAUGAUCCUAAAACCCCUUCUGACUCCUAAAACCACUUGUAAAAGAAGCAGUCAGACUAUUAGGGUUCCCACUAGACGAUUACUGGUACUGAGAUGUCUGUUGUCUUUAGCAUACGGAGCAGGUGGCAGUCUGGGAGCUGGAGCGGUGCCAGGAGAAGCGGGAGGAGUCCUUCCAGGAAGUGGUAUGCUGUUUUACUCAGUUCUGAUUGGGUUCUGUAAAGCACUCAAAGGUCCAGUCCGUGAUUUUGGCAAAAUGCUCUUGAUUAGCCAGUCAAGCUAGAGGACCAGUUAGCUGAAUUGGACAAAAGAGUGUGGGUAAUAGGGUAGUAAGAAGAAGAUUUACAUGUGAUUUAAAUAGAAGAUUUACAUGUGACUGAACAGCAAUUGAUUCAAGCUUACACCACAGUUAAUCCUGUUGAUUCUAAAUCAUCAGUUCAGUCUUCCUUUUCACAGCUCUUUGUAUAAAUCA